AAGUUUUAGAUGUAUAGAAAAGUUGCAUCUUUAGUAAAGAGAGUUCCUGUGAACCAGUUUCUCUUGUUAAAAUUUUAAAUAACUUUGGUUCAGUUGUCAAAACUAAGUAAUUAAUAUUGGAACAUUAUUAUUAACAAAAUUGUAGACUUUAUUUGGAUUUUACUACUUUUUCCAGUAAUAUCUUCUUGUUAUUGCAAGAUCUUAUCCAGGAUACCACAUUGCAUUUAGAAUAUACUUUUUAAAAAUUCUGAACUGUUUGAUAGUAAGUUACAGAUACCACAGCACUUUCAGUACUUUAGUAUGCAACUCCUAAGAACUAGGACAUUCUCCUAUUUAUCGUAUCAUUAUGUCCAAGAAAUUUAGUAUGAUACAAUAAUAUUAGGAAAUUAGCUUUCGUAAUAAAAUUGGGGAAAUAAAAUUACACAUUUCCUCAAUGUCUCAUCAAUAAUGUGUUUUUUAAAAACCUCAGAAUCCAAUCAAAGACCAACCGUUAUGUUUUGGGCUUAUGUCUGUUGAUUGCUUUUAAACUAGGACAAUUUUUCUAUUUUUUUAUUUUGGUCUUUUGUGACAGUAACAUUUUUUACUUCAAGCCACUUGUUAGUAGGAUGCUUCACAAUCUGGGUCUGUGUAUUUUCUCAGGGUUAGAAUCGGAUUUAAAAGCCUUGGCAAGAAUACUACGUAGUUGAUAUUUCCCAUUGCAUCAUAUCAGGACAAACAUUGUGGGUUUGUUCCAUUAUUGGUGAUGGUAAGUGUGAUUAUGUGGUUACUAUCUUCAUAUUUCUCCAUGGAAAAGUAUACUUUUCCUUUUUGUAAUUAAUAAGUAGUCUGUGAGGUGAUAUUUUAAGGCUUAUGUAACUCCUGUUGCUAUGGUCUGAAUGUUUGUCCCCCCCAUCCACCAAAUUAUGUUGAAAUAUAGCCCCCACUGAUGGUAUUAUGAGGUGAGGCCUUUGGGGGGUAUUAUAGGCUUUUGUUAGCAACCCUGUUCAAGUAAAUGCUUUGAAGUUCAAAACCCUAAGCAAUCAUUCUCUAUGGGAUGAAAGGUAAUAUCUUCCUGUUGUCUUUUUAAUAUAAUACUGAAUUAUGAUCACAGAUCCCUCCUCUCAGUGUGCAAUUUUGCCUAAUUUUUUGUCUUCUAAGGUUAUUUCCCAGUGUUUCUGGGGUUCACACAUCUGUAGGGUAUGUCCUAGAGGCAUACUUCAGAGGCUCCUAAGACCCUGAGAAUUCAGAGCUGUUGGGAGGCCAUGACCAGCCAACCCCUGAUUUGUUCACUAGGUUCCAUCUGGGCUGGGUAGAAAAGCAGCAUCACUUUCCUGGCAUUAUCAAUUAAGUUUAUGGAGGAGCAGAUGAUUUCUAUAAGUUCUAACAAGGUUGGGGCAACCUAGCGUAGCUCAAACUUGAGGAGACCACUUCCUGGAGGAUGGAUUCAAAUACGAUACUUGGGCUGAAAGACCUUUCUGUCCCUGCUUUUGGGUUAGCGAUGGGACUUAUACUUGCUGAAUUGCACUGGCAGUCGUGGGGAUGAAGAGAAGUCCUGCUUCUCAGGCACAUGGCAUGGCAGAGACCCGCAGCUUUCUGAAUCUUCCAAGGAAAGGUUAAGUGACACUUGGCUAGAUAAAUGUUUACUAGAGGCAUCUCUUAACGCAAAGGGAUUUUUCCACCAAAGAUAAGUCUUUUUUCUUCUCUUCUUUUUUUCACUUACAUUAUAUCUCCAGCAGUAUCUCCCUUCAGAUUAGUAAAAUGAACAUGUCCAGGUGGGUGUGUGGCUGUCUUUAAAGAAAAAAGGUGUCUGGCAGUUACACUGCUAUGACCUCAGGUUCCAGAAUAUCAAGGGAACAUUCUUUCAAGAGUUGUUUCACUUUGGAUUGAACCUAGAUUUAGAAUCAGCUUAUUGCCAAAGGAUAAAGGAUAGUCCAAGUGACAAGAAAACACUUAUUAUGAAUUGGUUUGGGAGUUACUUCUCUAAGUGUCCUCAGGAUGUUUCCUUAAUCAAUAUACACUCACCUCUGUUGUCGCUCGUAUCAUCUGAAGAUCAACAACAUUUCAUUUCCAAGUUGAGGAGCCACGGACCAGCCCGCGUGGUGGUGAAGCAGCCUGUCCGUGGAGCCAGCAGCAGGACCACAAUCACAGCUGUUGUCCAGACCGGUGGGGACUGGAGCACUGGCCUCUUCAGUGUCUGCAGAGAUAAGAGAAUUUGUUUCUGUGGUCUGUGUUGUCCAGUAUGUCUUGAGUGUGACAUUGCCAGGCAUUAUGGAGAGUGUCUUUGUUGGCCAUUGUUACCUGGUUCCACCUUUGCACUGAGAAUUGGCACCAGGGAGAGACAUAAAAUACAGGGCACUUUGUGUGAGGAUUGGCUGGCGGUGCACUGCUGUUGGCCUUUUUCCAUCUGUCAAGUGGCCCGGGAACUCAAGAUGAGGACUUCCCAACUGUAUGAAAUCUGUGCAGUCCCUUCGACUAAGGAUACCCUCAUUUGACAGAGCAAGACGGUUCCUCCUCCUCACUCCCCCCACACCCUCCUCUCAAACUCCUCUUAGUAGAAAGAUUGUGUUUCUUAAGUUUUCACAGAAACAGUAUGAGAAUAAAUUAUUUUCUCCCUACUGUC